GUUGAUUUUUUACCUACGUAAACGCAGGCGACGCUGGGCAACGGCCGUGUGUUGUCGCAUUUUUUUCUCGUUCUGCGGGGAAACAAAUAAUUCGUCAUGCGAUAGCACUAUCGCAACUUAUCGGUCUUUUCUCUCGCAUAGAGUUCAGUGCGGUGCGCGCGUUCUUCUCGAGGACUUUCUUCUGUUUCCGUAGCUUGCUGUGGUAGAAAAAAAAAAUGAUUUCCAUCCAGAACCCUCAGCUCAAGGCUAUAUUUCUGGUUCACCUGCUCCUCACAGUAUGGCCGUUGCAGGAAGCGUGGGCGCCCCAAGCGUAUCUCUACUACAACCUCAUUUACCUGCUGAUGUUGGCUUGGGCGAUACAUCACAAGGAUUCCGAGGAGCCUGUAUUUAUGGCAUUAGCCAUAAACCUUGGUACAAUCUUGAUGGACAUUGUCACGCUGGGAAUGCACUUCCCCCACCAGUUCACAUUUUGCGCUGGCAUUGCCAUUGUUAACCUCUUGUUUCGGCCGGUGUCAUCAGUAUUCCUGCUGCGCAUUUUCAACGAGCGGGGCGGUAGAUAUGCAGACCUUGGCAUUCCGAACUUCGCUGGCGGUGUGGGCAGCAGCGGCCGGGGUCAGUACGACGACAUCGACCAGACCACUACCCAGAGCGUACCGAAGACCGGAAUAGACACUGGUAGCCCCAGCCACGGAUGGGCUGCGGCUACCUCUGGAGGCGAUGGGCUGCCGCCUUACUCGCAGCCAUAGUCACUCAAUCAUAGCCCCUCCCCACUACCCCCCUCUCCACUCAUUUUGUUGGAACAGUGCUGUCUUUAGUGGCCAGAACUAACAUGACCGUGACCGCACAUUCAUUAUUGAGAUUUGCCAUCGAGAUUUCUUGUUUCUCUCUCUGUUUUUUUUUUCCCGAUUCAGCUUUCUUAGAAUACCAUUCAUCAGUUCUGAAUGCUUUAAGAAAGCCCAUGGUAAUGAGUUAUGAGCUCAUGAGGCCUGUGUUGGGACAUAUUUUAAGUCUUCUAUGGUGUUAGAUCUAUUUACUUCAUUCCCUGACACCAUUAUGCUGACGAGCAGUUUCCACUUGCUGAUCGACAUGGUAACAAAAAUUUGUUGAGACUUUACAAAUCUGUGAUGUCUUUGUUCCUACAAAUGACAGCAUAUGUAGGCAGAGCUUGUACAUCGCUUCAAUGUUUGCUCUUCAAUCGAAACUUUAUUCCACUGGAAGGCGUGUGGCCAAAAGUGCUGAUUCAUGCUGGUAGUGGUGUUCGGUGACAGAAAUUUAGUCGCCCUACCUCAUGUAAUUCCUGUAUGUUGAUAGGUUAUUUUUGCCAUGCUAGUUAAUGUGGCCAGCUUUACAAUGCCUUUUUUCACACGUCCUAAUAGAAUAGAUCGAUUUUCAAUAUUUUUCUUUCAUUUUCUUCCUGACCACAAAAAAAUUGAAGUGCAGCAUUUAAAGUAGCAUUUGCUGACGCAGUUUAUUAUGCCUUUUUUUUCUCUCAUUCAUGCAUAGGUUACUAGUCUUUGGCCAUUGAAGACAGCGUGCCACUGUUUCUCUUGCAAAUGAGGGGUUUAUUGCUGAAAUGUGUACUUUAAAUUGAGCAAUUAAUCAUUUUUUUCUGCAUUACUCUACAUAUUUUGAUGCAAAAAAUGCAGAUGCUUCGGGAGAGAGCCUAUAAUACCUUCCAUGUAGGCUUUUGGAGUCUGUUUCGCUCCCGGCUUUUAUAAUAUUCUUGAUUUAUACAGAUGUGUGUAUAAAUGAAACAACCCCCCCUUAUUUCCAAAGGCACCAGUUGGACCCCUGGAAUCCAGGAUUAUGCUAGUUAUCGCAAACGUUCCCAAUUUUUUCGCAUUGAGGUGCUCAUUCAUUUGUCACGGCUCAUGUGGAAGAAAAAAAAAAAGAUUUAUAAUAGUUUCACCCUUUCAUCGAUUCUGCAGCUUACUGUUGUUUCUAGAUGCCUUAUUUUUAGUGUGCUUUCUUUUUCUAGUCAUUGUUGGGAAUGCCACCGUAUACUUCGUGCACAGGCUGGCUUAACCCUUGCAGCCAAUACUAAGCCGUACUUGUUAAUUUUUUUUUUGCAUGUGUGAUUGAAAAGUUUGAGAAAUAGGGGACCCACAGUCACGAAAUGCUGUCAGGCACAGCAUAAACAUCGUGUUUUGUGGCAGUGUGCUACUGAUGGCUGCAUCAGUACAUGCACUUACGGUCACGUUAGUUUGUGAAAGCCACUUGAAUCGUCCUGUAAAUCUAGAGCUUUCUAUGAAUUCCAACUUGAAGCUGUAAUAAGAUAUUGCUAUGCUUGCCUCCGAGUGUUGUUUUUAAAAAUGGUGCGAAACUCUUGGCCGGUAAUUCUUUUUUUUUUUUUAAUAAAGAUCCUGGAUCUCAUAACGGUAGAAUGAAAAAUGCUCUGAGCCUUAAAAUACCUUAAGUUUUGAUUUUGAUGUGUGGGUUUUAACGUCCAAAAACCACCAUAUAAUUAUGAGCGCCGCCGUAGUGACGGGCUCCAGAAAUUUUGACCUUAAGUUAUUUAUAUUGUAGCAUUCUUCCUGCAAACCAGUUUCACUUGCUAAGAGGCAUGUGGCAUACGGGAACAGAAUGUUGUGAUGUUUUGGCAGUAGAUUAUUAGCAAAGCGGGAGCCAGCGCUUUCCAUCUUGUCCGAUACGGUCCAAGCUAAUGGUGCAAGAUACAUACUGAUUAGCCGAAGACAUUAGCUGAAGUCUGCAGCAGGGGGUGAUGAGAAGAGAUGUACCGGAGCAGUGGUAACACAUCUUAGUGCCAAAGGAAAUGCCGAAACAUAACAGCACACUCUAGCCACAUCACCACCUUCUGUUUCGUAAGACGAGCCACUUUUCUUAAAUGUAACUGAAGGUUUUUUGUCGCAAGAUACUGUGGUAAAUCACUUGGGGCAUUCUGACGCUUGCCAGUACUUGUAGUUUUGAAGUCGCAGAUCCUUAUUUAACUUGAGAAACUUGAAAACUUCACGUCGGCGUUCCUUUUUAAAAACGAGCAGGUUUGCUGUGUGCGACCUGAAUGCUUUGUGAUUACGCAGUCUUUUCAGAGCAGCUAUGCAUGGUUCAGUGUCAUAGUGCCCUAGAAGCAUUGUUGAAUGGUUCCUUAUUUUAUACAUGCCGUAUUUUCUAGUUUUUAGUGUCUUCUGCUGGGAACUUUUCAUCAUUUUUUCACGUGAAUAGUUUGUCACCGAAUUACCGAGCACCCAUUGUAUUUCGAGCACUCCAAUUGCCUAGUGAUGGUACUUUUACACCAUUCCUACUGCAUUCCGGUUCUUGACACUUGUGAAACUUGCUUGAAACCGAGGUACUUAUUUUUAUAUGUUCGUGUUUGUACACAUUCCCGAGAUUCUUUUAAAACACUUGUUUCAUGCAGCUGCUCCGUAGAGAGCUUUUAUGCUUUACUGAAGCUAAAAACAUUUUUUAAUUUUUUUUUUUUGCUUAGAAGCGUGGUGGUUUGGGCUAGUUGGUAGGACAUGACGAUCGUUUUAGCGCGAGCUCAGAACGACAACAAAGGAACAAGAAGACGAGCACUAACGUUCAACUGAGUUUAUUGUGCAGAGUGUGAAAACUUCAGGACUGGCAUGCAACUAGUUAUAAUCGUCUUAGUUUUCUGUAUGUUUUCCUUAGAUUUCUUUCUUGGUUUUUGUUAUAGGGAUAUUCUCAUUCACUAUAGUUUUUGCCUUUUUUCCUUUACUCUUCUUUGUAUUGCUCAUUUUUGUCACGUGGUUUACUGUCUCGUUUAUAUGUUUUUGCGCUCUCACAAUAAACUCUGUUGGAAGUUAGCACUCAUCUUCUUGUUCUUUUAUCGUCAUUCUGAGCUCGCACUAUAACAAUAGUCUUUUCUUUGCUGUAUCAGUUGGCUUGUUCAAAUCAAAGACAAAGCUUGCAGUUGGAAGCUGUUUCAAAUGUUUAGCUGUUCUUUGGUUCAAAGCACUGCACCUAAUACCUGAAAUAAAUCAGUUUUUAAAGUUUUAUAGACGUAUUUACAUAUGUGAGUGUGUGCUCCAGGCUAGUUGUCUGGAUGAUAUUGCAGUAAAUCUUUUUUUCUUUUUUUCAGCACAUAUAUCUUGUACAGUCACAUUGAAAAAGGUAUCCAGGGAAAUGACGAGAUUCUUUUUUUUUUUUGUAAUUUAGUAUUUUCUUACUUUUUCCUCUUGUCACUUUUGCACUUUUGAACUGUUCACAAUGUGAUGUCAUCAUUUCUUAUUUUCUCUGCCCCUACUAUGGACAUCUAUUUUUUGUUCCAAGUGAUUCUGUCACUCUGAGCCCAAUUACUUUUCUGUUGAUUGUUUAAUUAACAUAAUAUCAACCCACUGCACAGCUUCGAGGGUUAUUUGUCUGCGGAUAUUUCGUGUGUGAAAAUGGGUUUAUUGGAAUGCAAAAUUUUUAGCUACUAUGUAUGUGCAUUCAUUGAAUGGCUCCAAGAAGUAGUGCUUGACUAAUUUGUUUUCACUGUGAGCAUUUAUCUAAGUCUGUGGAAGUUAUUCUGAGUGUUAUAAGAAUUCUCUUUCAGAACUGUUGCUCUGUGUGAUAGCAAAUUAUCAUAUAUGAUAUCCUACACGAAGCUUGAAACUAAGACGCUAAGCAUGUGAAACAUAGAUAAAGCCAUUGGUAUUGUUUUUUUUUUUUUUUGGCUUAAUUAAGUGAAGUUUAUUUUGUGUACAUUUUAAGAUUCCUUCAAAUGAAUUAAACACUGUACACUGAAUGGAUUUUGCUUCUAACACUGUUUAUAUUUUGUACAGUGUACUCACCAUGAGUGGAAAAUAAAGAGGAAAAGUUUGUUCAAGUUUUCAUCAAAGCAGCGCUAUGCUUACGGGUUUACAUUUUAUUUACUUGUCACUGCUAUGAUCUGUUCAGGAGCAUGAGUAAUAUUUUUGGUACUGCUUACAUUUUCAACUCUAUGGAACAUUCAGUUUUCACUUCUCAAGCUUUUGCAUUUUAUGACAGUGCAAUUGUCGUAGUUAUUAUUGAUUGCUUUCUUUAACCAGGCCAACUCAGGUUUGUAAAUACAAAAUGUGAUUGUACGACCCUUGGCUCACGAUUUCCUCUCUCAUUUUCUCACUUGGAUCGCAGUGUCUCGGAAUUCACAUCACUGCAUGAAGCCUUUCUGUUUCAACUUAAUCUUCCUCAGUUGAUUUCAGAAUGUGUGGAAGCAAGUGGUUCACACUAAAGUGUAAAGAAUGUGAUCUCCAGCACUGCAAUAAGUUGGAGAGUAGCAACCUUUUGAAAUCCUUCAUAGUCAGAAGUUUAUGUUGUUAAGGCCAAGUGUUCACUGUGGGUAGCCAGCAUUACAUGACAAAGGUAUGUCAUGGCAAGCACGCGUACCUACCACUUCAGAGCAGCUUUUAUCUCUGCAACUAAAGUAAAACAUCUGCUUGCUACAGCUUUGAACAUGUGUGUUUGUCUUUCUCACUACCCAAAUUUUGCUGUUUUUUUUUUGUUUUCUUUUUUUACCUUAAGUGCUGCUGUUCAGUUGUGUGGUUAUCAUAUUGAGGGCAUUAUACUAGACAAGCACAUCGACUUUUGUGUCUCAUUUGCCUGUAAUACAUGUGUUGUGGGGAGAAGUAUAGUUGCACCCUGCCUACGAAGUGCAGGCGAUUUCUGCUGAAGCAACUAUUUGUUAUGGCACAUAUUUAGUCGGAAUUUUGGGAUAUGUACUCGCUUACAUUUGCGUAAAGCCGAGAAUUGCCCAAUAAACCUUUUAUUCUCCUAUGGAA